AUGACAUCAUUCAUGGAAGAUUAUUUUCGAACAGCUUUAAGUAAAGAAUUAGCUAUAGCACCACCUGAACGUGAUCAUGAACAUUUAUCAUCAACUUCACGAUUGUUAGAAAAACAACGUGAAGUUACAGAAGCCGAAGCAUUAUUAGCUGCUCAAAAAGAAGAAUUUAAAUUAAAAAUGCAAAGUUUAAAAUUACGUCGUGAAAAAUUAAAUACAAAAGAACAUGAAUUACGUGAAAGUUUAGCUAAUUUUGAAAAAUAUAUCAAUGAACUUGAUUCUAAACGAAUGCGAGCACUUAAACGAGCACAAGAUGAACGUGAACUUGCAUCAGUUAAAGAUAAAGAUAUUGAAAAAUUACAAGUUGAAAUUGAUGAUUUAAAACACAAAAGAGAAGAAUUAUUAGCUCGUAUUGCUAAAUAUGGUAAUCAUAAUAAAUAUCUUGAAAAAACGGUUGAAACAGCUGAUGAAUUUCAAGAAAUUCGUGAAUUAAUCGAUCGUUAUACAACAUUAAAAACAAAUAAAGAAUCGUUAUUAGAAAUUCAAAAUCAACGUGAAGAACAAUUAGAAGAUUUACGUCAUAGACGAGAAGCAUUUAUACAAAAAAAGAAUAAUGAAAUAUUAAUAUUAAAUAAUCGAAUUGGUGAUUUACAACAUGAACUUGAACGAGCUGAAAUUGAAGCAAGACGUGCUGAAAAUGAAUGGAAUUUUAUUCAAACAACAGCAGCUGAAAAAACAUUACAACUUGGCAAUGUUAUCUUAGCUGUACGUAAUUUACAACAACUUGUACGUCAACAACAAAAAAUUGAUAAAGAAGAAGAAGUUGGUGAAACUGAAGAUCCAAUAAAAAGAGUUCGACAACAAUUAGAUAAAGUUCAUAUGUUUAUUCAUGAUUUUACAGCGAUUACAAAUGAAAUGAGACGUUUUGAACAAGCUAAAGCAAGAAUUGGUUAA